AUGACGACUGCCCACAUGGUGCACGGUGAGAAAGCCUCGGUUGAGAACCAGGAAAUCAUUGAUGACACCGAUUCCAACCCAAACGCUCAACGAGUUCAGGUUCUGUCUGUCGGACUGAACAAUGCUCUAUCUAAGGAUCUUGCGUCACCCUGGUCACGGGCCAUUCUCCGCCUCUGUGGAGUCAUUGCUAUCACAACUCUAAAUUGCUGUAUGAACGGCUACGAUGGCACCCUCAUGUCGUCUAUCAACGCCAUGGGCACAUUCCAUGACCAUUUCGGAACCCAGAUGCAAGGAAGUGGUACAGGUCUUUUGUUUUCUAUCUAUGCUAUUGGUAACCUCGUGGGCGCCGUGUUUGCCGCCCCUGCUUCAGAUACCUUUGGUCGGCGUUUCGGCAUGUCUCUCGGUUCCCUGGUGAUCAUCGUUGGGACAAUCGUUGAGGCAACGGCAUCAAAAGUCGCUCAGUUCAUUGGUGGUCGUUUCCUGAUCGGAAUGGGAAUCAGUUUAACUAACACAGCAGCUCCGGUCUAUUUGGUAGAGGUGGUCCUGCCGCAGUGGAGAGGAGUAUUUGGCGGGCUGUAUAAUGUGGUUGGUUACUACACAGGGGCAUUAGCCUGUACAUGGAUCUCGUACGGGACGGGCUUCCUGAGCACAGACUGGUCCUGGAGGAUCCCCGUGAUAAUCCAGGCCGUUCCAUCUCUCAUUGUUCUCAUUGUCGCCUGGAUGUUGCCCGAGAGUCCUCGAUGGCUCUUCGCCAACAACAAACCUGAAAAGGGCCGGCAGAUGCUCGUAAAAUACCACGGAAAUGGGAACCCCGACUCCGCCCUGGUAAACUACGAAUGCUCCGAAAUCGAGCAAGACAUUCGCUUUGAGAUUGAAAGCGGCGGUCGGCGCUGGUGGGACUAUAAGAUUCUAUUCAAAUCGCGGGACAUGCUCUAUCGCCUCUGGUUGUUGUUCCUGGUCUGCAUUUUCUCGCAAUUCAUCGGCGGAUCGGUCAUCACAUACUUUAUGCCGGUCAUGCUUGAGAACGCCGGUAUCACGGGUUCCCAUCAACAGCUACUCCUUAAUGCCCUCAACACCGUCUUCUCCUUCAUCAGCGGCAUUAUUGGCAGUUUCUUCGUCGACCGCUGGGGGCGACGCACUCUAUUCCUCUACGGCACCUUCCUCACCGGCCUCAUCUACAUCCCCAUAAACGUGAUCGCUUCCUUCGAGCCUGCAAAUAUCACCACGAGCAUGGGCUACGGCUUCAUCGCCUGCAUCUUCCUCUACGGUGUGGUCUUCUCUUUCUGCUGGACCACGCUCCAGUCCCUUUAUCCCGCUGAAAUCCUACCGAAUCGCAUCCGCGCUAAGGGUAUGGCUCUCCAGAGCGUGGCGACGGGUGGAGCUAAUUUUAUUAACAUGUAUGCGACUCCGACGGGGAUGGAAAACAUUGGUUGGAGGAUGUAUACGAUUUUCUUGGUCUUGCAUUUCCUUGAGUACGCGCUCAUGUUCCUUACUCUUCCAGAAACGAAGGGCCGGACUAUCGAGGAGUUGGAGGACGUGUUCAAUGACCCGAAUCCAGUUAGAGCAUCUUUGAAGAGAAAGGAGGUUGUGAUCCGGGAGGGUGAGGGUGUCAAACAGGUAGAUGAAUGA